AUGAAAGAGGGAAGCUGUAAACUUGACACCAUAGUGUAUACCACAAUCAUUGACAGCCUUUGCAAGGAUAGAAUGGUGGAUGAUGCUCUCAAACUCUUUUCUAAAAUGGAUGAAAAGGGUAUUUUCCCAAAUGUUGUCACUUAUACUUCUUUGAUUCAUGGCCUAUGUAAUUUUGGCCGGUGGAAGGAGGCUACCGGAAUGUUUAGAGAAAUGUUGGAUCGUGGUAUUGCUCCGAAUGUUCAUAUGUAUAGUGUGUUGCUGGAUGCAUGUACCAAGGAAGGGAAGAUGAAAGAGGCAGAGGGGGUACUUGAAGUCAUGAUACAAAGAGAUGUGCAUCCUGAUGUAGUCACAUACAGUACUCUAAUGGAUGGAUAUUGUUUGCAAGGCCACAUCGAUGAAGCAACGAGAGUGUUCAAUACCAUGGUGGAGAGGGGCCUUCACCCUAAUGUUUUUAGCUAUACCAUUCUAAUAAAUGGAUAUUGCAAGAAAAUGAAAAUAGAUGAGGCUAUGCAUCUCUUUCAAGAAAUGCCUCGAAUGGGGUUGCAACCUAACACCGAAACCUUUAGUGCUAUGCUACAAGGUUUGUUUCGAUCAAGUAAAUGUGGAGCUGCUCGAAAACUUUUUAAUGAGAUGCAAGCUGUAGGAAUAAUUCCAAAUUCUCAAAGUUAUGGUAUCUUAUUGGAUGGGUUGUGCAAAAAUGGGCAUAUUUCUGAAGCAUUGUCAUUAUUCCAUAUGAUGAAAAGGAAUGGUUUAGAUCUUAAUGUUGUUAUGUACAGUAUUCUCAUUAAUGCAUUCUGCAAGGAUAAAAAGUUUGAUACUGCAAGGGCUCUUUUCAGUAACCUUUCUUCCAAGAGAUUAGAUCCUAAUGUUAAGACAUACACUAUGAUGAUACAAGGUCUUUGCGAAGAAGGCCUACUACAUGAAGCUAAAGAGUUGUUUAUAGCGAUCCCGGAUAUUAUGGGCAGGAUUAUUAUAGGUUGGGAGUGUUUGGGAGCAAGUGGUUACUGCCCAGAAUUUUGGAUGUCAGGACGAAGACGUGGUAGGCAAGAGAUGCCUAUACCGGAGGAGAUUCCGGAGCAGCAGGAGGGUGUUGGUCAUCAUGCCAUCGCUCUUCCUCUUAUUGGUAAAUUGCAUUUUCUAGGCAUUCCGGUCAAUAUCUGCACCUUCAACAUUGCUAUCAAUUGUUACUGCCGUGUUAAUGGAGUCUAUUUUGGGUUCUCUCUUUUGGGUACCCUCUUCAAAUGCAGUUAUACACCCGAUGUAACUACCUUCAGCACUCUAAUAAAUGGACUUAUUUUGCAAGAUAAAACCCCUGAAGCUGUGCAGUUAUUCAAGAAAUUAAUGAGAAUGAGAGAAAUUGAACCCAACGUGGUUAUGUAUGGAACCAUUAUUAAUAGGCUCUGCAGAACGGGGGAACACUAUUAG